AUGGCUCAUCCAGCUGCUCUGCUUGUGUCCAUCAGGCACCGGGCAGGGGCUCUCCACACCCUCAAGGCUGCCACAGUCCCCCCUCUUCCCUCCAGUCCCCCACAAAUUUCCCACACCCAAGCCUUCAGCACGAGCAGGUAUGGCCCAACUUGGCAGAGCCCAGGAGAGGAGAUGGAGUUGCCCAAGCCUGAUGGUGCUCAGGGCCUGCAGGGAGAGAGAAAUGCACAAGGGAAAAGCCCUAAGGAAGAAGAGAGGGGAGAUCUACAUCCUCUCAGUCCAAGUGAGCCCGGGACAGGGAAGCUGACCCAGCCAGGGCUGGCAAGGCUUGAGCCACUUAGAGAGACAGGUCUGGGCAGCAAAAUGUCCCCACUAGCAGAAGCAACUUCCCUGCUUGUACAAGUAGAACAAACUCUCCUGCUCCCUCUUCUACAGCAGCAUUCUCUUCCUAUCCACCUUCAGGACAGCAUUGAAUUUAGAAACAUUUGCAGCCGUAUGGCCUUACAAAGAGAGGAACCACAAUUUGAGAGGGACUUACAUGAAGCCCAGCAGCAUCUGAAGACCAUCACUGUGAAGCUCGCAGAUGAAAACCAGAGCAUCCAAGAGAACAGCCUGGCAUGUGCCUGCCUUCCUCAGAUGCAGGAAGCAAGUUUGCUGCAAGGGAAGCUGCUGCCCUAG